AUGCACCGAGCAAAACGUACACCGACCCGAACAGAACGUACAACGCAUCGAGCAGAACGUACACCGCCCCGAACAGAACGUACAACGCCCCGAGCAGAACGUACACCGCCCCGUGAAGAAUGUACAACGCCCCGAGCAGAUCGUAUAACGACUCAAGAGAAACGUACAACGCCCCGAGCAGAACGUUCAACGAUCCGAACAGAACGUACAACGCAUCGAGCAGAACGUACACCGCCCCGAACAGAACGUACAACGCCCCGAGCAGAACGUUCAACGCCCCGAGCAAAACGUACAAGGCCCCGAGCAGAACGAACACCGCCCGAGCAGAACGUACAACGCCCCGAGCAAAACGUACACUACCCGAACAGAACGUACAACGCAUCGAGCAGAACGUACACCACCCCGAGAAGAACGUACAACGACCACAUAAGAACGUUCAACGACCCCAGCAGAACGUAUACCGCACCUAGCAGAACGUACAACACCCCGAGCAGAACGUAUACCGCACCGAGCAGACCGUACAACGCCCCGAGCAGAACGUACACCGCCCCUAGCAGAACGUACACCGCCCCGAGCAGAACGUACACCGCCUCGAGCAGAACGUACACCGCUUCGAGCAGAACGUAA